AAAUAAAUGGCCGACAACAAGCAGAAGGAAAUUGAGGACUUGAAGAAAAAGUUGACUCCCAUUCUCGAGAAGAUGAUAGGCCACUUAAUUGUGAUCAAGCCCGAAGACCCAGUCGCUUACAUGCUCCAUUUCCUUGAAAAGCAGAUCGGAAAGGGUUCCAAGAAACUCACUCCUGAUGAGAGAGUUGAGCUCGGCGAUUUAAGAGCGCUCCAAGAAUAUUUUUCAAAGAAACUCAAAUAAGCUCGAAGAGCGACAGAGAAUGGCAGAAGACUCCGAAGGAGAAGACUACGCCGAAGGCGAAGAAGAUGCCCAUAGUGAAGAUGGAAGUCGGCCUCCCACCCACAGCAACGACAGCUCCGAUGAUGAGUGUGAUGAGUUUGUGGGAGAUCUCCCAGCUCCGCUUAAAGCACCUCCAAAGUUCAGGAAGUCAGUCAGCGCAGAAGCUUAUGGGCUCUAUAACAAAAAGGGAUAUUUCAACGCCAGAACUAUUGACAAAGACAGUGGGACCAAAGCCAAAAUUAAAGAGAGACUUCUCCAGUCCUUCAUGUUCAGUGCUCUUGAAGAAAAUGACCUAGGCAUUGUAAUUGACUCAAUGGAAGAAAAAGUAUUCAACAGAAAUGACUCGGUCAUCGAGCAAAGCGCAGACGGAGACGAACUCUAUGUUGUCGGGGAAGGUAGACUUCACUGAUAUCGAACCGAAAAAGGAGAAACAAACCUCAUUAAAACUUACGGACCCGGAGACUACUUCGGUGAGCUUGCACUGCUUUACAACGCUCCAAGAGCAGCCACAAUCAAAGCUUGCAGAAACAAUGUUGUGCUUUACUCUCUCGACAGGCUGACAUUCAACCACAUUGUCAAAGACGCAGCCAUGAAGCGGAGAGAAAGGUACGAAGAAAUCUUAAGGAAAGUCAAAGUAUUGGACAGUCUUGACAGUGCUGAAAGACACAAACUCAUCGACUCUAUCUCAGAAGUCAAGUUUGGGUCUGGUGAAUACAUCAUCAAGCAAGGAGAACUUGGCAACAAAUUCUACUUUAUCAUGGAAGGAAAAGCUAGAGCCGAGAAGACUAUCAAAAAUGAAGAGCCCAUCAAAGUCAAAGACUAUGAGCCAGGAGACUAUUUUGGAGAAGUCUCUCUGCUCAAAGACCAGCCAAGAGCUGCAAGCAUCAUCGCAGAGACUGAUCUGAGUGCUCUGUAUCUUGACCGGCCGAUGUUCAACCGUAUUCUCGGACCACUCAAAGACAUCUUGAAGAGGAACAUGGAACUGUAUGUGCAUUUUGACACUAAAAAUGAAUAA